GCAGGGAGGGGGAGCGAGCAGCCUGCCUCCUAUUCCCACACUUACAGCAGAGCUGGGAGGUGCCUCUGUCUGCUAGCACCACCAUCAUCAUCACUACCUCUAUAAUGAGAUGGAGGGGUUCCUCUGACAUCCAAGCAGGGGAGCAUCAUCAGAAUUAAGGAUCACCCCACGACUAAUGCAGGUGUGUUCAAUCCAUAUUAGCCGGGAAGAUCAGUUCUCAUCCAGGGUAUCCUUGAAGGGUGGGGGAGGGAGGAAGGAAGGAAUCAGGUGCAUAGAUCCUAUAGAGUAGCAGGCGAAGUGCAUUUUUCUUGGCCGAGGUCUGGCCAUCUUUAGGAUGGAGGAGCUAUAUAGAGGAUAGGGAGGAUCCUCUUAUUGAUACGUAACAUAGCAAUAUAGUUUAUAUGUAUAUAGUAAGGCUUCCAGGAGGAUGUAUGUCCUUAUAAGCUAAGGAUCCAGAGUCUAUAUAUAUGUGUAUAUAUAUAUAUAUAGAGAGAGAGAGAGAUAUUUGCACUAUAUACAGAAUAUAACUAUAGAAGCAAAGCCGUCAUCGUGCUUGUGAUCCCCGCUUUCUAUUGCCGGUCAGUAAGGAAAUAAAUGAUGACCUAAUAGGAGGUUAGGAGAAAUCCAUCCGGGGUGAUACGAGCGGCCUGGUCGCUGAAGUCAUUCUUGUUUUUGCAGAUGGAGACCGGUGCUGCAUUGAAUUGGCACCGAUAGGAACCCACACAGUGGUGACAGAAGGCCCGAGCCCUGGGUGCAAGCACAAUUCAUGUAAAUAAUGUCCUUGCAUCCGGGUAUUUAGCUUCGAUGCCUAUAAGUUAGAAUACACCGUUAUAUAGAACAGAAUACACUAUAUCGACAGGACGGAUCUAUAAGAUAACUCCAUCGCUGGGAACCAACUAACUUAAAUCUAAGUUGUCUUACAAGACAAAGUCAAUGCAUCUGAUAUCUACCAGGAAAGGGUCGUCAUAGUAACCAGGUAGACAUUGAUUACUUUUAGUCCCCCCCCCCAAUUCCAUUUCUGCCCGUGGAGUAAAGAUCAGCUCUUCAAGAUGAUGGAGAUACAGAUAGACGAUGGGGUGGUCUACCAGGAUGACUACUGUUCGGGGUCGGUUAUGUCAGAACGGGUGUCAGGGCUGGCGAACAGCAUCUACAGGGAAUUUGAACGUUUGAUCCAGUGCUACGACGAGGAGGUGGUAAAGGAGCUGAUGCCACUGGUGGUCAACGUCCUGGAGAACCUUGACGCCGUCUUGACGGAGAACCAAGAACAUGAGGUGGAGUCGGAGCUCCUGAAGGAGGAUAAUGAACAGUUGCUGACUCAAUAUGAGCGGGAGAAGGCCCUCAGAAAACAGGCGGAGGAGAAAUUUAUUGAAUUUGAGGAUGCGCUGGAGCAGGAGAAGAAGGAUCUGCAGUACCAAGUGGAGAGCCUUGAAUUUCAGUCCCGGCAGCUGGAGCUAAAGACCAAAAACUAUGCUGACCAGAUUUCCAGACUAGAAGAGCGAGAAGCAGAAAUGAAAAAAGAAUACAACGCCUUACACCAGAGACACACUGAGAUGAUCCAGACAUAUGUGGAACAUAUUGAACGGUCAAAACUGCAGCAAGUCGCUGGCAACAGCCAAUCAGAUGGCGGCGGCACGGGCAGAAGUCACCGCCAGUCAUGGAGGAAGAGCCGAAAGGAGCGCCCAAACUCUCUCAACGUCUUUUCACUGGCGGACGGAAUGGUACGUGGGCAGGUGGGUGGCAAGAUCACCCCGAGCUCGGACCACUGGCACCUGAGUGACCUCAGCCAGCUAAAGUCCAGCUUCAGUUACAAGGAUGAAAUGUCAGAAUCUGGUCAAUCAUCAGUGGCUGCCACCCCAAGCACCACUGGCACAAAGUCCAAUACCCCAACCUCAUCCGUCCCAUCGGCAGCAGUAACCCCCCUACAUGAGAGUCUCCAGCCCCUCCAGGACUACGGCAUGACUAGCAAAAGCAAGAGGUCGCGCGAGAAGCGGAACAGCCACAACAUGGAGGUGCAAGUGAACCAAGAAAUGAGGAAUGUUAGCAUAGGCAUGGGGAGCAGCGAUGAAUGGUCAGACGUCCAGGACAUUAUUGACUCAACUCCAGAGUUGGACAUGUGCCAGGACCCCCGACUAGAACGUGCAGGGAGCAGCCCCACACAAGGCAUUGUGAACAAAGCCUUUGGGAUCAAUACUGAUUCUUUGUACCAUGAAUUGUCCACGGCUGGGUCAGAGGUCAUUGGGGAUGUAGACGAAGGAGCCGAUCUGCUUGGAGAAUUCUCAGUGAGGGAUGAUUUCUUUGGGAUGGGGAAAGAAGUCGGUAAUCUUCUCUUAGAAAACUCCCAACUGCUCGAAACCAAGAAUGCAUUAAAUGUGGUGAAGAAUGACUUGAUAGCGAAGGUGGAUCAGCUUUCAGGAGAACAGGAGGCCCUGAAGGGAGAACUGGAGGCCACUAAGCAGGCCAAGAUCAAAAUGGAGACCCGUGUUAAAGAGCUGGAAGAGGAGCUGAAACGGGUGAGAUCUGAAGCUAUAGUCGCUAUGCAAGAGCCUAAAGAAGAGGUGGAUGAGAGCUCGUCUCCCUUGCAAGAUAACAUCCCAAUUGCGCAGCGCAGGAGGUUCACACGUGUGGAGAUGGCUCGUGUCCUUAUGGAAAGAAACCAGUACAAGGAAAGGCUUAUGGAGCUGCAGGAGGCCGUGAGGUGGACAGAGAUGAUCAGGGCCUCACGGGAACAUCCGUCCGUCCAGGAGAAGAAGAAAUCCACAAUCUGGCAGUUCUUCAGCAGGUUGUUCAGUACAUCCUCCAGCCCACCUCCGGCAAAGAGGACCUACCCCCCUGUCAACAUCCACUACAAGUCACCCACUCCAGCUGGGUUCAGCCAACGCCGCAGCCACACCAUGUGUCAGAUAUCCACCGGAGGACGCACAAUCGAAUUCUUCCCUGAUGAAUUGAGAAGUAACACUGUGGCUUCUCUCCUCAGUGACUGCACAUCCACAGCUCGCCGUGAGCAGAAACGUGAGCAGUACCGCCAAGUGCGGGAACACGUGCGUAAUGAUGACGGUCGCCUACAAGCCUGUGGGUGGAGCCUACCUGCUAAGUACAAGCAGCUGAGUCCAAACGGAGGUCAGGAGGACAACCGCAUGAAGAAUGUGCCUGUGCCCGUGUACUGCAGACCCCUUGUAGAGAAAGACCCCACGAUGAAGUUGUGGUGCGCAGCCGGAGUCGAUUUAACAGGCUGGAAGCCAUUCGAGGAGGAAACUGUGCCAGGGGCAAAACCGGUACCUGGUCGAGACCCAUUGACAUCUGACCGUGAGGUGGAAGGAGAGAGCAAGAGCACCCAUACCUCUCCGGAGAAGAAGAAGACCAAGGAGCUCUACGAAGCAGAUGCCACCUCCAGUCGUGUUUGGAUACUAACCAGCACCCUAUCGACAAGCAAGGUUGUCAUUAUAGAUGCCAACCAGCCUGGCACCCUGGUGGACCAGUUCACAGUUUGCAAUGCCCAUGUCUUAUGCAUCUCCAGUAUCCCUGCUGCCUGCGAUACUGACUACCCGCCAGGGGAGAUAUUCCAGGAGGGAGAUGUUAAUACAGAGGAGGCUGGUGAGACUGAUGGAGUCCUGGCAGGAAUCACCAUUGUAGGAUGUGCCACGAGAUGCAAUGUACCGCGCAGUAACUGCUCCUCCCGCGGUGACACCCCAGUAUUGGACAAGAAUCAAGGGGAGGUCUCCACAGUAAGCAAUGGCAAACUCACCCAGCACCAGUCAGCAGAAGAAGCCACAGAAGCUCUGGAGGUACCAGAAUCCUCAAUCAGUGAAGCAGAACCGGCACAAGUUCGACCAGGACCCCUCACAGAACAUGUAUUCACAGACCCCGCCCCUGUGGCAAAUGGCCGACUCUGCAGUGAAAAUGGACACCUAAAGCCUGAAGGGAACCCAGCGCAGCAAGAGACAGCGCCGAACAAUGAGAUCCCUGCUGGCACUAGUGCUGCACCAACAAUGUGGCUGGGAGCGCAAAAUGGCUGGUUGUACGUCCACUCUGCCGUCUCCAACUGGAAAAAGUGUCUGCACUCCAUAAAACUGAAGGACUCGGUGCUGAGUAUUGUGCAUGUGAAGGGACGUGUCCUUGUGGCCCUAGCAGAUGGGACGUUGGCCAUCUUCCAUCGAGGAGAAGACAAACAGUGGGACCUCAGUAAUUAUUACUUGAUGGACCUUGGGCACACUCAUCACUCAAUCCGCUGUAUGGCUGUCGUAUAUGACCGAGUAUGGUGCGGCUACAAGAACAAAAUAUAUGUCAUUCAGCCUAAAACCAUGCAAAUACCGAAAUCAUUUGAUGCCCAUCCCCGAAGAGAAAGUCAAGUACGACAGCUGGCAUGGAUCGGAGAUGGGGUUUGGGUAUCGAUCCGUCUGGACUCCACGCUGCGGCUAUACCAUGCCCACACCCACCAGCAUCUCCAGGAUGUGGAUAUUGAGCCUUACGUCAGUAAAAUGUUAGGCACGGGAAAACUGGGAUUUUCAUUUGUACGAAUCACAGCGCUGCUCAUCGCCGGCAAUCGACUAUGGGUGGGAACUGGAAAUGGAGUGGUCAUCUCAAUACCUCUUACAGAAACGGUAGUCCUACACCGGGGCCAGCUGCUGGGCCUGAGGGCCAACAAGACAUCCCCUACAUCUUCUGGAGAAGUAGCCCGGGCAGGCGGAGGAGUGAUCCACGUGUAUAGCGAUGACAACAGUGAAAAGUCUGCCGGCAGCUUCAUACCUUACUGCUCUAUGGCCCAGGCCCAGCUCUGCUUCCAUGGUCACCGUGAUGCCGUCAAGUUCUUCGUGUCUGUACCAGGUAACGUCCUGGCCACGCUUAAUGGCAGCGUGUUGGAUAGUCCCUCUGAGAACCCAGGCACCCCAUCCGCAGAGACGGAAGAACAGAAACUGAAGAAUGUACUGGUGCUGAGCGGAGGGGAGGGAUACAUUGACUUCCGUAUUGGGGAUGGAGAAGACGAUGAGACAGAAGAACACUCUGGAGAUGGCGCCAACCAGACCAAACCAGUACUUUCUAAGGCAGAGCGAAGCCAUAUCAUUGUGUGGCAGGUCUCCUACCUACCCGAAUAAAUGCACCCUCAGCCUUCUCUCCAGAAUGCCAAGACGCUUCCGGCUUCCCUGCACCCGCUGGAAAUACCAAACUGAAAACUUUAACCCCGAUUCUGCGCAGUUUCUCUGCCCGUUCUUUUCCACUGGUCUUCUCAUCUCGUCUACUUCACCCUCAACAUCUCCAGAACAUGGCGGCAUCUCCACAGGAUCCUACAGACUCUAUUUCUGUGACAUUCUGGACUAAGUCUCAUGUUACUUGUUCCAAUGCCUAAGAAUGCUAAACUGGGUUACUAAACAUCAUCUCUGCCAGGCUGGUGGUGGCAUCAUGGUCUUAACAUCCAGUUUGGCACUGAAACGUUUGUGGCGUUCCGGUAUGGAUUGCGUAGGAUUGAAUUAAAGAUGGUCAUGCAACCAAACAUGCGCACAAAAAAAUUAUGGGCUGGACUGGAUUGGAGGAUCCAUUUUUAUUUCUUUUCAUGCCAAAUUAUUUGUCAAUCAUAUACAGUGGUCCCUCAAGUUACAAUAUUAAUUGGUUCCGGGACGACCAUUGUAUGUUGAAACCAUUGUAUGCUGAGACCAGAACUCUAUGGAAACCUGGUAAUUGGUUCUGAAGCCAACAAAAUGUCAUCCAAAAAUAGGAAAAAGUGAGAAUUAAAGAAAAAUAAGUAGAUAACUAAUAUAGAUAAAGCAAAUCCUUCCAUAUAAAAGUAAGAAAGAUCUGCUGGGAGUUGUAAAUCACUUUCUAUGCCAGUAUUUCCCAAGCAGGGAGCCUCCAGCUGUUGCAAAACUACAAUUCCCAGCAUGCCCGGACAGCCAAAGGCUGUCCGGGCAUGCUGGGAGUUGUAGUUUUGCAACAGCUGGGGCCACCCUGCUUGGAAAACACUGGUCUAUGUAGAGGACAGGAGCUUCUUCAGGGUACUGUAAGUAAAAAAGUAAUGGAGUCGCCCUCACCUGGUGUCCAAAGGAGCAGCUAACCCUGGUACAGGUAAAGUGUACAGAACAUGUAAUACCUCCCUGUACUGUAGGGGGCGCUACCAGACACCAGUCAGUGCAUACGCUUCAGUAAUACAGGGGUUUUACCAGUGAAUGCCCAUUCUGAUUGGUCAGUUCUUCCAGCCAUUUACACGUUUCACAGAUCUGGACUGUCCGUACAUUGUAUGUUGAGUCUGGUUUCAACUUACGAUGGUCCAGAAAAGACCAUUGUAUGUUGAAACUAUUGUAUGUUGAGGCCAUUGUAAGUUGAGGGAUCACUGUACAUUAUAGGUAUUCAAUAGAAUCCCAUUAGUUACUGCCCCCCCGCCAUGUAUAAACUCAAAAAGUCUUAUCAGUAUUGGCGUAUUGCAUCAAAUUUCAUGGAUUGGACGGAGGCGACUGCCCAACAUUGAAGAAAGCUGGAAGAGUCUUGAUGGAUCGCAACUUUUGGGGUGUGCUAAGUGAUGGUAGUCAUGUCUACUGGAUCCAGAAUCACUCACAGGAACCAAUCAGGACUGUCAAAAAUGCACUGAGAAAACAAAACACAGUCUCUGAUUGGCCGCCUAUGAGCAUUCGUGCUACCUGACCAUUUGGAUAGGAGGCCAAAUGUCUAUGGAUGACCAGAUGCCUCCACCAUUAGGGUACAACUACAGCGCUCUUUAUUGGCUGCCUUGCCAGUUCCAACGCGGGGAACCACACGUAUUAGAUGAUAUAUAUAUCGAAAGAGCGAGGUGACAUUUAAAAACAUCGUAUACUGUACAGAAAAUAGGGCCAUGUUUCUUAAAAACUCUAUAAGGUCUCAUAUAGAUAUCAGGCUGGGGUAAUAGGGGAAUAUGUUUUAUUUUUUUGCACCUGUAAUCCUAAAAUCGCACAGUGCGGUCAAUGCCCCGACUUGACGUUUGUGUUAUUGUGUCGAAUGAGAUGACAAAACAGCGCCACUCCUGUUUACAGGCUGUGAGUGGUAAUGCAGAUACACAUUAAAGGGGUAUUCCAGGCCAAAACUUUUUUUUACAUAUCAACUGGCUCCGGAAAGUUACACAGAUUUGUAAAUUACU